GACAGACACACACACACACACACACACACACACACACACACACACACACACAAAAUGCCUCCCUUCCAUACAUCUUCCUCCUUCUCCUCUUCUUCCCUCCUCCUCCUCCUCCUCCUUCUUCCGAUCUUCCACAGCGAGAAUAUAAACACCACGACUGCCCUAGAGGAAGGAAGUAUAGACGAUUUAAACGACAACAACAACAACAAUAACAGCAGUGAAGAAUUAGACUAUUACUAUGACCUCGGAAAUAGUACAGAGGUCAUAGGGGAAAAUACUACUACUACUACUACUACUACUACUGUUACUACUACUGCUGCUACAACUACUGAGGAGGAAGAGGAAGAGGAGGAGGAGGAAGAAGAGGAAGAGGAAGAGGAGGAGGAGUAUCUCUUUGGGGAUUUUUGUCUCUGUGAUCUGAAGGUCGGCGUGUGUGACAUCAACUGUUGCUGUGACCUGGACUGUAGCAAAGAGGAUAGACUUGUGUUCACCCGCUGCCUCCCCCGCCCCUCACCCACCCCUGACGCGAGGUACUGUAUUCAACGCCAAGUCAUCUUCCGCACCUCCGAGGAGCUCCAGGUGGACACUCGUCAGGGCUCCCUCACCUGCAUAGCCACCGACAACCUGCCCCGCCGCACCUCCUAUACCCCCGUCAAGGUCGCAAAAACACUGGAGGAUUUCAGGAAGUUGAAGGAGAGAAGACAACCAUCCUUCUCUUGGCCCAUGGAGAAGAAGGAAGAGGAGGAGGAGGAGGAGGAGGAGGAAGAAGAGGAGGAGGAGGAGGGGGUUAGGUACAGAUAUGGUGACCCAAUUUUGGCCUUUGACAGAGAAGGGAAUUUGGGAAGCAUUGACCUUCCUACAUCAGUUAUAAGUAGUCAAUGUGAGUCCUUCAAGCCAAUCCUAUUCCUACAAGACUCCUUCACAUCCUGCCAGAGAGUCCUACAGGGAGAGGAGGAGGAGAGGGUCUUCCUUAAUGCUAGAUCCUACCUCUCCUAUGAUAUCCUUUCUGGGGCUGAGGAAGAAGAGGAGGAGGAGGAGGAGGAGGAGAAGAACACCACCGCCACCACCAUGUCACCUCUGGAACAGGAUUUCAACACCACCACCACCUCCACCACCACCACCACCACCACCACAGCGCCCCCUGCCCCCCGCCCCCCCGCCUUGACCCCCAUGACCCCGUACCUCUGCCAAACGGGGUCAUACGGGGAGGAGACAUGUUUGGAGACAGAUUUUGAGUCCGUUCCAAAGCCUGAAAAACACAGCGAUGGGAGUCACUUCAACAUCAUGCUCAAGAUCGAGUUCAUUUUCCACCAUAAUGGGUCACAGGGGUUAACUUGGGUCAGGGUUAAUGUGCACUUGGGGGCGUUCCGGGGCAGCCAUGGCGGGGCGGGGUCACUGGUGCAGAGGUUCGGGGUGAGGUUUGUGUGGGCGGGGCGUGAGGCGGGGCAGCUGUCGGGGCGUCCGGGGUAUAUUCGGGGCAGGCCGGUCCUGUUCGGAAGACUGAGGGAGAAUGUGACAGAGGAAGGUCAGGUCAGGUCAACCAUCCUCUACCCAACCCCCCCACAAGACCAGCUGACCUUGUUGACCCCCGGCGAGAGAGGUCACUGCUCGGGUCGCUCCCCAAUCCACUUCGGGGUCAACAAGAGGUCAGGCUGCACCGUGACCUUGACCUCGGAUGACCUCAGGAACUGCCAGGAGGUCAAGGAGAGGCUGUUGGCACUCCUCCUCGGCACUGACCUUGACCUGGCACUCCUAAGGGUCGGGUCGUAUGGGGAUGUCUCGGGUCAAGAUCUGGGUGCCUGGGUGCCUCUACUAGUGCCAGAAGGCCACAAGACUCCACCAGCACCACCACCACCACCACCACAGUCACCACCACAACCACAGUGCCACGACGCAACCACCUCCAUCCACCUCCAAUUCGCCUAUAGCCUUCAGGGCCAGCGGAACAACCCACAAGCAAAGAUCAUUGGCGUGGCCCUCUUCCUCGGCACUCCUCGGACCCUCGCGGCACCCAGGCACACCCGGACGUUGGCACUGGAGUUGGCGUCAUCCGUGGGGUUCGUCGAGGUCACCCGCCAUCCGGUUGAGGUGUACGCAAGCCCCCCGUCGCUGGAUGUCAAGUUGCCCUAUGAUUUUUUUUAUCCGUUUCUACCGAGUGUGGCGUCUGGCGGGUGUGGGUGUGGGUGGGUGUGUGGGUGGGUGUGAUGUGGGUGUAGUGGA